CAGCCCGGCCGUACAAAUUCCGGCUGAAUGCCGGUCCCAUAGAACAGUUGCCGUCGAGCGGAGUGGACGAGCGAACGUGUGCGGCAGGUGGAUUACGGAUAUUCGGAGUCAAGGAUUAACCGAGGAUUUGGCUAAGGAUAACCCAAAGACUUUCAGUGCAUUUCUUGCGCUUAGCAGCUUAACCUGAAAACUUGGUACGAUCCCAAAGAUGGAGUUCCUGAGCGCCCAGUGCGCUGCCCGUUCCGCUGGUCCGGCCAAUACGCUGAUGUCCCUGCUCCUGUCCACGCUGAUCAGCAAGUACUGCGACUUGAGUGGCCAACAGCAGUGGCCCGAGGACAAGGGCGAUUGGUUGGACAAGGCUGGUGGCUUCCAGCACGACUACGACUUUAUAGUGAUUGGAUCGGGCAGUUCGGGAGCUGUGGUGGCCGGUCGCCUGGCCGAGGAAAGGAAUUGGAAAGUGCUGCUGCUCGAGGCUGGAGGCGAUCCCCCCAUUGAAACGGAAUUCGUGGCAUGGCACAUGGCCACCCAGUUCUCGGACUGGGACUGGCAGUACCACUCGCAGCCCAAUGGACGUGCCUGCAUGGCGAUGCAGGGUGAAAGUUGCCACUGGCCGAGGGGCAAAAUGCUGGGCGGCACGAACGGAAUGAAUGCGAUGAUCUAUGCCAGGGGCACGCGGAAGGACUUCGACGACUGGGAGGCCAGAGGAAAUCCGGGAUGGGGCUACGACGAGGUGCUGGAGCACUUCCGCAAGGCCGAGGAUCUGCGCUCCACCCGGCCGGACUACAAGCCCGGCGACCAUGGCGUUGGUGGACCCAUGGGACUGAACAACUACGUCUCGGACAACGAAUUCCGAUCCACCAUUCGCGCUGGCAUGAAGGAAAUGGGCUACGGCAGUGCGCCCGACUUCACCGAAGGCUCCUUUGUCGGCCAAAUUGACAUUUUGGGCACUCAGGAUGGGGGUCGUCGCAUCACCACCGCCAGAUCUCAUCUGCACAAGAACACCCCCAAUCUGCACAUCCUGCGACACGCCCACGUCAAGAAGAUCAAUCUGGAUGGCCACAAUCGAGCGGAAAGCGUGACCUUUGUGCAUCGCGGCAAGAAGGAGUACACGGUGCGGGCCAGCAAGGAGGUCAUCGUGUCCGCCGGAGCCAUUGGUUCGCCCCAGAUCCUGCUGCUCUCGGGCGUCGGUCCCGCCGAUCACCUAAAAAGCCUGGGAAUUCCCGUGAAACUGGAUCUGCCCGUGGGUCGCAAUCUGAAGGAUCACGCCAGUCUGCCGGUGAUCUUCCAGAUCGACAAGUCCACGGCCCGCAAGCCCACCGAGGAGGAGUUGGUGGACGCCAUGUACAACCUGCUGAUGGGUCGUCAUAGCAAACUGCUGCACCACGAGGCCACCGCCUUGACGGGAUUCAUAAACACCACGUCGAUUGAGGGCCCCAAUCCGGACAUUCAGACCACCAAUUUCUUCAGCCUUAUGCAAAGUCCCGAAUUGAAGGGUUAUGUGGCUGCCACCGGAUUCAAUGAUCGCGUGGCCAAAAGCAUUUUGUCGGCCAACCAAGAGACCAAUACCUACAUUACCUAUUUGCUCCAUUUGAAACCCUUCUCGGCGGGCAGUUUGACUUUGCAGAGUACGAACUACUUGGAGGCCCCACUUAUAGAUCCCGGCUAUAUGACCGACGAACGUGAUGUGGACACCUAUAUCCGAGCGUUGAAUAUCUACAAGAAUUUGCCAAAUACCAAGGCUUUCAGUGAGAGGGAGGCCGAAUUGCACAAACUCGAUUUGGAGAAGUGCAAUGGUCUGGAGUAUCAGUCGGAUGACUACUGGCGCUGCUACAUCCGUCACAUGACGACCACCGUCUAUCACCCGGUUGGAACCACUCGGAUGGGCCCAUCCACCGAUGAAACAGCCGUUGUGGAUCCUCGAUUGAGGGUUCAUGGCGCCAAGGGUCUGAGGGUGAUCGAUGCCAGCAUUAUGCCCGAUAUCGUGGGUGCCAACACCAACGCAGCCUGCAUCAUGAUCGGCGAGAAGGGAGCGGACAUGAUCAAGGAGGACUAUCUUGGCGGCAAACAUACCGAGCUCUAGGCUCAGCGAUAUUGCACGAUUUAGGUUUUACAUUUAUUGUAAAUUUUUUUUGUCUUAUAAUAAAUCAAU